AUGUGUGAAGGUCCAAUUGGCAAAAUUUUCUGCGGAAGUUAUGACGGCGAUGUUUACGUCCUUUCAAUUUCAAGGAACAGCAACACGAUUUCAAGUGCUUCUGGAAUUAUUUCAAAAGUUUUUGAAUAUAUUAUCGGAUAUAUACGAUCUCCUGUUAUAGGAUUAAUCACAGACUCAAACUUCGAAGAAAUAUGCUACUGGACAGAAGAUAAUUCAUGUUAUAUGAUAAAAUACGAUUAUGAUAGCGAAAGAUUCAUAAAACUAGGGUCCAUUUCAAGUAUAAAACAAAAAAUUAUCUCAGCCUCUUGCGCUGGCGAUGAUUAUUUCGAAGUUUUUACUCAAUCUGGAGAAAGAUACAUCUUAAAUGGAAAGAAUAUCUCAGUAAUUCCACCAAUUCAAGGCUUUGGAAGUACUGUUACAUUCGGAGCAUCAACAAUGGGAUGCGUAGUAAUAAUCUCCGACAAAAAAGCCACAUUUAUCAGGACACAAAGGCUGAAUGGCAAAGUUUUCAGUGGAGACACAACUGUAGUAUCUCUUCCUGGAACUCCUGUAUUCCUUUCGUUCGGAUUGCGCCCUCGUGCAACUAAUAAUUCAGAUUCUCUUUACUGGCAGCACAUUUGCCUUCCUCCGACUGCAUAUAUACUUACUACAGCGGGUGGUAUUGUCGCGAACUUCAUGGCUCCAUUCGAAAAAGUAAAGAGAUUGUCGACUUUGGAUCCAAAUGAUUUUGCCAAAAACCUGGAUAUCACUGAUUAUAACUCGGAUGUAGUUGUAGAGCAUCUCUCGUCACUUGUAGCGCUUUGUUCUUUCUCGCCUGACCUCAGAAGUCAUUAUUUUUACCAAGCAACAAAUUUAAUCAACAAAACAGACCAUUUAUCCUUCUCUUCUGCCAUUCUUACACGUCUCACCCGUCUAAUGACUGUUAUUGACGGCGUAGCAAUGCUCACAGAGGUUCCUAGGUUCAGAAAAAGAAAGACCAAAUUUGUGGUCAAUUACGAUUGGAAGAACUUACCCGCCGGAUUUGCUAUACAGCUCGAGGACAUUGCAUCCACCAUUAAAGAUUAUAUCAAGUCCGUCGAAAAUCAGACAGAAAGCUUCCAUUUCGUCGGUGGAAAGAAAAACAGAGUUAUGGAAGAUUACAAAAUGCUUUCCAAUAUAUCCGCAUUUGUUAAUUUCGUUUUGGAAGUUGUAAAAACAAUUUCAACUUUCGCUCGCCAGAAAUCGACGGUUUUGACACACGUAAUUGAAUAUGUCAGAGAAAACGAUUCAAAAGACGAUCCUAAGAACAUUGCUAUUGAUUUCCUGACAUCGCAACCGAUCUUUGACUUCUCGAAUCCCAAUUUCGAGCCAUCAGAAGUCUCCCAUUACUUGUGCUGCUUCAUUACAGCGUUCUUCCUUGUUAUUGAUAAGGAUACAAGGUCGAAUCUCCUUGCAAGUAGGAUGGCUCACAAUUCUACAGGAUUCUCGUACUUCAUUGGUAUCCAUAUCUCCAAUAUUCUCAGCCAACUUCAAAUUGCGAAACUAUCUGAAGGAGCUGAGCGAACAAUUGCCAUCAGGGAGCAACUCCAUUCUAUACUUUCCUUCAUAGAGUUCAUAGAUUACCCAAUGAUCGUUAACCAAUUCAAAGAUUUGAAUUCUCCACAGAUUAUUUACGAAAUCGCUUUCGCCAAAGCGCAAAGCAUCGAUCCACAAUCACGUGCAUUGCAAUGGUUGAUGGAUGGCCAGCCUGUAGACAUGUUUGCCGAAGAUAUUUUCAAUAAUGUUGUUGAAAUCUUCGAGAUUGCAUGCGAGGCCUAUGAAUGCGAUGAUGGAAUAGAGUCAGCCAUCACGUUCUGCAAGAAGAAUAAGCUUUUCGCAAUGACAUUCUACCAUUUCCUCGAUGAAAAGGAUAAACUCAGCGAACUGAUCAAGAUGGACGCUCCGUUCAUCGAUGAGUUUGUUAAAACAAACCAUCCUGAGUUGCUUUACAAGGUUUUCAUCGAAAAGAAACUGUUUUUGGAAGCAGCAGAAGAACUUUACAAACUUGGAACAGAUAAAGAGGCCGACCAACAGGACAAAAUCAACUGGCUUAACAUGGCCAUCGCAAUUUGUUCCAAAUACAAACUUACUUCUAUCGAAGCGAAGAUUCAGGAGAAACUGAACGACGAAAUGGCCAGCUUUUUAGAUGAUGAUAAAUGA